AAGACCACUGACCACCAUGUGAAUAGAAAGAAGGGGGAGCAAACUAUGACGGAUAUGCAACAGCUGUUUGUUCACUGGAUGAAGCAACUGAUAACAAAAAGAGAAAAAGGCAACAACACCAUGGUGGAAGAAUUCCUCCUCCUAGGCUUCAAGUCUGUUCCUGCACCGGAGAGUCUCCUCUUUUUAAUGUUUCUAGUAGUCUAUAUAAUAACAAUAGGUGGAAACAUCCUUGUAGCAACAAUAGUUCUUACUACUUAUCACCUGCACAAGCCAAUGUACUUCUUCCUUGGGAACUUAGCGGUUUUGGAGACCUUCUACACGUCAACAAUUCUCCCUAGGAUUUUGGCCAGUUUCAUUAGCCACUACCAAAGGAUUUCUUUCACUGGAUGUUUUCUCCAGUUCUAUUUCUUUGCUUCCCUUGCAUGCACUGAGUGUUAUCUCUUGUCUGCGAUGUCCUAUGACCGGUAUUUAGCCAUAUGCAGGCCACUACAUUAUGUGACCAUUAUGAAUGGCAGGUUGUGUUUUCAACUAUCCUUAGCUACUUGGAUAACUGGCUUUGUAGCUUCAGCAUUUACGACAUUCUUUGCUUCACAACUAAAAUUUUGUGGUCCCAAUGAAAUUGACAAUUUCUUUUGUGAUUACUCACCAUUGUUACUGCUUUCCUGUAGUGACACUCAACAAACAGAAACAUUGAUGUCAGUUCUAAGCGCUGCAUGCACAAUGCCACCACUGCUGUUGACCAUGGUCUCCUAUGUUUGCAUCAUCACCACUAUUUUGAAAAUCCCUUCAACUACAAGUAGGAGAAAAGCCUUCUCUACUUGCUCCUCUCAUCUUACUGUGGUUACAAUUUUCUAUGGAACUCUGAUCAUUGUGUAUAUUUUACCAAAGACCAAUGCACUGAGAGAUAUGAACAAAGUUUUCUCUGUUUUCUACACAAUCGUGGCUCCCAUGGUAAACCCCUUCAUCUACAGCCUGCGAAACACAGAAUUUAGGGUGGCCCUGAGAAAAGCAGUUUGCAAGCUUGUGACUUGGAGAAGAAUUCAAAGAAUCCAAGUUCCAUAAAGAGUGCUUUUGUUAUGUUCUGGGUUGCAACCCAUAGAGUUCUUUUCUUGGAAGGAGAGUCAACCAAAUCAAUAAAGCCCUUUGAAAUAAGUAACAGAUUUGUAAAUUUUUGAAGUUAACAUGGUAA